UACGUGGGAUCGGUUCGAUUCAGGCUUUCACCCUUUUACUGCCUUACAGAUUGCUAAUAUACAUUCUCCAUUGGUCUUUUAAUGUCGUUUACAGAAGCUGACUCUCUACUGCCUCCUUCUCUCGGUCUCACCCUCUCUGCCUCGCCUGCUCUGUACUGUUCUGUUCUCUUCUCUCUCGCCCUUUGUUUCUCUCUCUCCCUUUUCUCUUUUCAGUGCAGAAGUUUUUAAUUUUGACCGAGCCAAAUCUAUCAAUCUAGGCCUGGCGCCGCGUCAGCAGAGGGGGCGGGGAGGCGAGCGCGGAACUGGGGGAGGGGAAGGGGCGGGGAACAGCAGGCGGAGCGGCUGCCAGAGUUGCUGGGAGUGCGCGCGGUCGGAUCACAAGGCGGCGGCGGAGGAGGCCCAGAGACCGGAGCGCGGAGACCUCAGCUAGCGGCCUACGCCCAGGCCUUUCUCCACCGGAGGACCAGGGAACCGCAGUCUUCAUCACAGAGGUACCGUGCUCCGCGCUCCCCGCCCGACCCGGCCCAGCCCGCUGCGGCGGCGCCUCCUUCCUUCCUCCUUCCCUCGCGCUCUCUCUUUCGCCCGCCCGCGCCUUCCCUGCCCGCCUGCGUCACUGCGGCCGCCAUGGCUGAGAAUGGCGAGAGCAGCGGCCCCCCGCGCCCCUCCCGCGGCCCUGCCGCGGCCCAAGGCUCUGCUGCUGCCCCGGCUGAGCCUAAAAUCAUCAAAGUCACUGUGAAGACUCCCAAAGAGAAAGAGGAGUUCGCGGUGCCCGAGAACAGCUCGGUUCAGCAGUUUAAGGAAGCGAUUUCGAAACGCUUCAAAUCCCAAACCGAUCAGCUAGUGCUGAUUUUUGCCGGAAAAAUCUUAAAAGAUCAAGAUACCUUGAUCCAGCAUGGCAUCCAUGAUGGGCUGACUGUUCACCUUGUCAUCAAAAGCCAGAACCGACCUCAGGGCCAGUCCACGCAGCCUAGCAAUGCCGCGGGAACUAACACUACCUCGGCGUCGACUCCCAGGAGUAACUCCACACCUAUUUCCACAAAUAGCAACCCGUUUGGGUUGGGGAGCCUGGGAGGACUUGCAGGCCUUAGCAGCCUGGGCUUGAGCUCGACCAACUUCUCUGAGCUCCAGAGCCAGAUGCAGCAGCAGCUUAUGGCCAGCCCUGAGAUGAUGAUCCAAAUAAUGGAAAAUCCCUUUGUUCAGAGCAUGCUUUCGAAUCCCGAUCUGAUGAGGCAGCUCAUUAUGGCUAAUCCACAGAUGCAGCAAUUGAUUCAGAGAAACCCAGAAAUCAGUCACCUGCUCAACAACCCAGAUAUAAUGAGGCAGACACUCGAAAUUGCCAGGAAUCCAGCCAUGAUGCAAGAGAUGAUGAGAAAUCAAGACCUGGCUCUUAGCAAUCUAGAAAGCAUCCCAGGUGGCUAUAAUGCUUUACGGCGCAUGUACACUGACAUUCAAGAGCCGAUGCUGAAUGCCGCACAAGAGCAGUUUGGGGGUAAUCCAUUUGCCUCCGUGGGGAGUAGUUCCUCCUCUGGGGAAGGUACGCAGCCUUCCCGCACAGAAAAUCGCGAUCCACUACCCAAUCCGUGGGCACCACCGCCAGCUACCCAGAGUUCUGCAACUACCAGCACGACCACAAGCACUGGUAGUGGGUCUGGCAAUAGUUCCAGCAGUGCUACUGGGAACACCGUUGCUGCCGCUAAUUAUGUCGCCAGCAUCUUUAGUACCCCAGGCAUGCAGAGCCUGCUGCAACAGAUAACUGAAAACCCCCAGCUGAUUCAGAAUAUGCUGUCGGCACCCUACAUGAGAAGCAUGAUGCAGUCGCUGAGCCAGAAUCCAGAUUUGGCUGCACAGAUGAUGCUGAAUAGCCCGCUGUUUACUGCAAAUCCUCAGCUGCAGGAGCAGAUGCGGCCACAGCUCCCAGCCUUCCUGCAGCAGAUGCAGAAUCCAGACACACUGUCAGCCAUGUCAAACCCAAGAGCAAUGCAGGCUUUGAUGCAGAUCCAGCAGGGGCUACAGACAUUAGCCACUGAAGCACCUGGCCUGAUUCCAAGCUUCACUCCAGGUGUGGGGGUGGGGGUGCUGGGAACCGCUAUAGGCCCUGUAGGCCCAGUCACCCCCAUAGGCCCCAUAGGCCCUAUAGUCCCUUUUACCCCCAUAGGCCCCAUUGGGCCCAUAGGACCCACUGGCCCUGCAGGCCCCCCUGGCUCCACCGGCUCUGGUGGCCCCACUGGGCCUACUGCGUCCAGCGCUGCACCCAGUGAAACCACGAGUCCUACAUCAGAAUCUGGACCCAACCAGCAGUUCAUUCAGCAAAUGGUGCAGGCCCUGGCUGGAGCAAGUGCUCCACAGCUGCCGAAUCCAGAAGUCAGAUUUCAGCAACAACUGGAACAGCUCAACGCAAUGGGGUUCUUAAACCGUGAAGCAAACUUGCAGGCCCUAAUAGCAACAGGAGGCGACAUCAAUGCAGCCAUUGAAAGGCUGCUGGGCUCCCAGCCAUCGUAAUCACGUUUCUGUACCUGGAAAAAAAAUGUAUCUUAUUUUUGAUAAUGGCUCUUAAAUCUUUAAACACACACACAAAAUCGUUCUUUACUUUCAUUUUGAUUCUUUUAAAUCUGUCUAGUUAUAAGUCUAAUAUGAUGCAUUUUAAGAUGGAGUCCCUCCCUCCUACUUCCCUCACUCCCUUUCUUCUUUGCUUAUUUUUCCCACCUUCCCUUCCUCUUGUCUCCUCCCUCCCUCCCUCUUUGUUUCCUUCCUUCCUUAUUUCCUUUAGUUUCCUUCCUUAGCCGUUUUGAAUGGUGGGAAUCAAUGCUGUUUCACUCAAAAGUGUUGCAUGCAAACACUUCUCUUUAUUCUGCAUUUAUUGUGAUUUUUCGAAACAAGUAUCAACCUUCACAGUUGGGUGAACAAGUGUUGUCCUACAGAUGUCCAAUUUAUUUGCAUUUUUAAACAUUAGCCUAUGAUAGUAAUUUAAUGUAGAAUGAAGAUAUUAAAAACAGAAGCAAAUUAUUUGAAGCUCUCUAAUUUGUGGUACGAUAUUGCUUAUUGUGACUUUGGCAUGUAUUUUUGCUAGCAAAAUGCUGUAAGAUUUAUACCAUUGAUCUUUUUUGCUAUAUUUGUAUACAGUACAGUAAGCACAAUUGGCGCUGUACAUCUAAAAAUAUUACAGUAGAAUCUGAGUGUAAUAUGUGUAACCAAAAUGAGAAAGAAUGCAAGAAAUGUUUCUGGAGCUAGGUAUGUCUCACAAUUUUGUAGAAUCUUACAGCAUCUUUGAUAAACUUCUCAGUGAAAAUGUUGGCUAGGCAAGUUCAGUUAAAAUAUAGUAGAAAUGUUUAUCCUGGUAUCUCUAAGUAUACAUUUAAUUGUACAGAAAAUUUACAGUGUAACAUUGUGUCAACAUUUGCAGAUUGACUGUAUAUGACCUUAAUCUUUGUGCAGCCUGAAGGAUCAGUGUAGUAAUGCCAGGAAAGUGCUUUUUACCUAAGACUUCCUUCUCAGCUUCUCCCAUAAAGAGACCCUAAUAUGCAUUUUGAUUUGUAAUUGGAAAUGUAACUUUCACUGAAAGUGUCAUGUGAUGUUUGCAUUACUUUUAACUGCAAUGUAUAAAGGAAAGUGUGUCUUUUGACUUCAUCAGUUAUUUCUCUUGUGCACAGAGAAAAAUGCAUUAAAAAUGACUAAAAAAAAUAAAAAAUUAAAAAAUGGAUAAA